CCUUGCAAAUGAGUCAGUUUUAGAUUUACCUAAAUUCCUACUUGCAGUUACAGGUUAUAAAGAAUCUACUAAACUAGCUUUUACUUAACAAAAUUAAGAAAUAAAAAUGCAGAUUCUUCAUAUUUGGCUAUUUUUGAUGUCAACUUCCCUUAUAUUUUGUAAAAAAUUUAAGGAAGAAAACAAGCCGGAAUGGGCGAAGAAGGACAUACGAGAUUAUAGUGAUGCCGAUCUUGAACGGUUAUUAGAUCAAUGGGAGGAGGACGAAGAACCUCUGGAAGAUGACGAGCUUCCCGAGCAUUUAAAACCGCAGCCACAGAUAGACCUAAGUAAACUUAAUAUGGAAGACCCUGAAAGUGUACUGUCUGCAACAAAAAAGGGACGUACUCUAAUGACAUUUGUUAGUGUUAGCGGAAGUCCAUCACGGGAAGAAACUGAGCAACUAACAAAAUUGUGGCAAACAAGCUUAUGGAACAACCAUAUACAAGCAGAACGUUAUUUGGUUGACGAUAACCGUGCAAUAUUCUUAUUUAAAGAUGGGUCGCAGUCGUGGGUUGCUAAAGAAUAUUUAAUUGAACAGGAAAUGUGUGAUAGUGUUACAAUUGAAGGAAAGGUUUACCCAGGAAAAUUCUCGAGCACAAAAGAUGAAUUAUAAAUUACAUUUUGUACUCUUUCUAAUUAUACAUUGUUAACAAUUUUGAUUUGCUGUACUGAUCA